CUCUCUCUCUCUCUCUCUCUCUCUCCACAAACAUCAUUCUCUGUAACUUUGCUCCGUGCAAAACCCUAGCACGAUUGUCCCCUCUUCUUCCAUACCCAAUGACAUUGGACAAAUCUUCCAAGAUCUUCGUUGCCGGCCACCGUGGCCUAGUUGGAUCUGCCAUAGUUCGCAAACUCCACCAACUGGGCUUCAGCAACCUCCUCCUCCGCACCCACUCCGAUCUCGACCUCACCGAUCAAUCUGCCGUCGCCGCCUUCUUCUCCGCCGAAAAACCCGACUUCGUCAUCCUCGCCGCCGCCAAAGUCGGCGGUAUCCACGCUAACAACACCUAUCCAGCUGACUUCAUCACCAUCAACCUCCAAAUCCAAACCAAUGUCAUCACUUCCUCAUACCAGCACGGUGUGAAAAAGUUGCUCUUCUUGGGUUCAUCUUGUAUUUAUCCCAAAUUCGCACCCCAACCCAUACCAGAGAAUUCCCUUUUGACAGGCCCCUUGGAACCCACAAAUGAAUGGUAUGCAGUGGCGAAGAUAGCUGGGAUCAAAAUGUGCCAGGCAUAUAGAAUUCAAUUCAAUUUUGAUGCAAUUUCUUUGAUGCCCACAAAUUUAUAUGGCCCUAAUGAUAAUUUUCACCCCGAGAAUUCUCAUGUUUUGCCUGGAUUGAUAAGGAGGUUUCAUGAGGCAAAAUUGUUGGAUGCGAAGGAGGUGGUGGUGUGGGGGACUGGUUCGCCUUUGAGGGAGUUUUUACAUGUGGAUGAUUUGGCAGACGCAGUGAUUUUUAGUUUGGAGAAGUACAGUGGAUUGGAGCAUUUGAAUGUGGGUAGUGGGAGAGAGGAGAGUAUCAAAGAGUUGGCGGAGUUGGUGAAGCAGGUGGUGGGGUUUGAGGGUGAGAUUGUUUGGGAUAAGUCGAAGCCGGAUGGUACUCCAAGGAAGCUCAUGGAUAGCUCCAAGCUGAUGGGAUUGGGUUGGGAGGCGAAGAUUUCGCUCCGUGAUGGACUUGUUGAUACCUAUAAGUGGUACUUGGAGAAUUAUAAGCAAUGAUUCAGGAGCUGAUUUCCGCUUCCAACCUUAGAUUUGGAUCUUCCCUCUUCCGGGUCCUAAGUUUUGUACCACAUCAACAGAUCCAUUUGCUGGGCUUCCGCUGACAUGGGUUUGCGCUAGUAAUAAUCAAAGGCUUUGAUAUAGAAUGCCUUUUACUGUGCCUUUGCAGUCUCCAUCGGAAAAGCAUUGCCUGUUUGUAUAGGUUUACAAAAAUGUGUUUCUGUCUGAUUUCAUCAUGUAAAAUGCAAUUCAGCAGGACAAAAUGAGCACCAGUAUCUUUAUUUCAAUUCGAAUGU